UCCGCCUAUUAAAAGGUGGCCGCCGCCGCCGCCCACCCCCACCACACCACCACCAGACAGAGAGAACACACGCAAGGAGCACGAGGAGGAGGCAAGGGAAGCCGCCGCCGCCGCCGCCGCCGCCCCGUCCCUCCUCGCCGGCCGGCCGCCACAGGUUUCAAGAUGUCAACCUGCACGUUUGCGACCUCCUGCGUGCUCUUGGGCAACGCUCGAGCAACCGAUGCCCCCCAGAAAGCGGUCAAGAGCCGCCUGAGCUUCCUCGGCCGAGGCGCGCCGCAGCUGCGGAGCCUGAGGUCCUCCUUCCCCUCCAAGAAGCUGGACGUCUCCGCGGCGGCCACGUACAAGGUGAAGCUGGUGACCCCGGAAGGGGACGAGCACGAGUUUGAGGCGCCGGACGACGCCUACAUCCUGGACUCGGCGGAGACGGCGGGGGUGGAGCUGCCCUACUCGUGCCGGGCGGGGGCGUGCUCGACCUGCGCGGGCAAGAUCGAGGCUGGCGCGGUGGACCAGUCGGACGGGUCGUUCCUGGACGACGCGCAGCAGGAGGAGGGCUACGUGCUGACAUGCGUGGCCUACCCCAAGUCGGACUGCGUCAUCCACACCCACAAGGAGGGCGACCUGUAUUAGGAGGGCUCUCAUCUCUGGUGCCCCCAGUUGGUUGUGUGUUGAGUAGAACAAGGUCUGUCUGUAAAACAAACCUUGGUGGCUGUUUAUCCCGUGCCUGCCUGUGUGCGUGCUUUGGUCGUUAUUAGUCGGAGGUGGUUAAGAUUGUUGGGUGAAGAGGCCACCCAUGGAGAAGGCGAAUAAAAUCUGGCUGUGACUGAUGGCAUCAUAAAGCAGUUUGAUGGUUUUUGCGUG